AUGUUAAGACCUCAGCUACAUUCAUACCAGCAGUCUGAUGCAAACUCAAUUUACAGCAGCCUUAACUAAUCAGUCAUGAUAAAUUCAUCUUAGGAUCAGCUAAAGGCAAAGAUUACAGGCCCUUUAAGUAUCUUAGAUUUCAGAAAGAUACAACGCCCUGCUAACACCAGUCAACAGGUUACUGCACUCUUUGCUGAACAAAGAAAAGACUCAAUAAAGAGUAGAAAUUCAACAAAUGGCAACAAUUCAAAAGGAUCAGUGCUUAAGUCUAGCUUCUUUGAUUAAAUGCAAAAUGUAUGUUUAUUAUCUUGCUUAGCCUUAUAAUAGUCUCAAAACAACAGUAAUUUUCCUCAAGAGAUUGAGAGUCCUCCCUUAUCUGAAAGAAAUGAAAGUAAAUCUUCAAAUCAUAUCCAAUUUUUCUUGGAUCAAGCAAAGAGAUAAACUUUUGAAAAGCUAAAAGUUCCAAAUAGCUAGUAAUUGCUUGGAAUUCAAGGUUUCCAAUCAAAUUUUGGAGAGAGUUUGACUAAUCUUUCAGAUAUAGAGUUGAGUCACAUCAAUCAUGAUGUUAGUCAUUUUAGGCAUUCUAGCGAUCAUGACAAUUUAAGGGAAAGCUUUUCGUUCAUGCCUAUCGAUUCUAAUUCUCACAAUUUGAAUAUUCAAAGUAAGAUCUUUGAAAACAUUCCAAUAAACAGAGCCUCUUUUGAAGAGUAGUUCAAUAAACUCAAAUACGAAGAAGAAAGAACUUAGAGGACCAUAGCUACUAUUGUUGAUGUUUUUGCAAAUGAUAAUAAAUAUUGCAGAAACUCAAAGAAGCAUAAGAAACAAACCAAGUUCACCAUUAAUCUGGAUAGCAAUCUUGGAGUAAAUCAGGAAGUUGAUAGUUUCCUAAACUAUUAACAUCAUGUCGACUCAGAUGAUGACAUUUAAUCGGUGAUCGGUAAGGAUUAAGGUAUGAGAAGGCUAGAUGAGCUAUUCAAUCUGCAAUAAUUUGAUGAGCCCUUGAAUUCUAGCUAGAAAAGCCAAGUAACAUCUGAUUAACAGAGGUUAGAGAGAUGUGUAAAAAUACUUAACGACAAACCUCAAUACAAUGAGACUAAGAUCCUAAAAAAAUCUAAGUUUAAACAGGAUUAGAUUAUUUAGAAAGUAUAAAAGAUGCAAAAUUCAAAUAAUCCCUAAAGAAUAAACAUGAAGAGGAGGGCUAAUUUCAAUUAAUCUCCUAAUGACAAAGUUGUCAUCAAUAGAAACUAAAUUCACUUGAAAUUGAAAGAAGAUUACCAGUCUUAAGUAGGUGAUUCGUCAUUUGGUUCAAUCACACUUUUCAAGAAUAAUGUCUCAAGUAGUGAUAAAAAGGAAUCUAAAUAGGCAGCUUAAUAAAUAUUUCCAAUAUAUCAAGAUUCAGAAUUCGGUCUUGAUGAUUCCCUAGUCCAGGAUUGUCUGAGUGAGACUAACGAAGAAUAAGACUAUGAAACAGAUGAAGAAACAAUUUCUGACUAAAGAAGAGAGUUGAUCAAUGAAUCAAAAAUAAUUUAAGAAAUUUGUGGCAGUCUAAAUCCAGAUGCUCUUAGAAUUUUCAUCGUAAACUCAAGUAUUGAGGAUAGAGUUGCUAGACCAUGCUUAUUUGACAGACAAGGAAAGAUGAAGGAUUAUUAGAUUUACUCAACUGAGAGAGAUGAGGAUGGAUUGUUUUCAGCAGUAAGAGAGGAUGAGAUAUUUAAUUAGUUGUAUGAUAAUGAUGAGAGAACACCAUACUUUAACUGUAUUAUUUGA